AUGUUAGGCUAUGUUUCUGUAACAGUCAAUGCGAUGAAGGAACAAGUAUGUGAUUUUCUAUCUCAAGUUGAAAUAGCUCAAGAAUGUUCCAUGGAAAAAUCAGAAAAAGCCGUUGAGAUAGAGAUUUGCAAACUUGAAAAGACUAUUAUUCAAUCCGAGCAUUCUUUGGAAAGAAAAAGAAAGCGCUUAGCUUUGGACGAAGUGGAUGAUCUUGAAUACGAGUUAGAAAUAAAACGGCAACGUUUAACAAAACUGCGUCAGAAACCAAAACAGAUGAUGAAACGAAAGGCAAAGCGUCACUUUUGCUUUUGGAAGAAUUCUCUGAAGAGACAAACUGGUAAGAACAAAGGGAAAUUUCGUAUUCAUAGAGGAGCAGAACAGGCAGUGUACGAGGUUCUAGAGGAACAACUAAAGGCACAUCGCAGGAGAUGGGGAGAAGAAGGUACAGGGUACUUAGAAAGCCACCAGAAAAGACUUCAUAAGCGAGACAUGAGACGUAUUGCCAACAAAUACCUGGCCACCCACAAACAACGGUUAAUCAAGAGUUGUGAGACAGUACGUUCAUGGGGCAAAUGUAGGAAUAAACACAGUAAUCAGUCGAAACAACAUCGCGGUAGGAACUUGUGGUCCUUUGUUAGGUCGCAGAAGAACUUAAAGAAUGACCAUAUAAAUGUCCACUAUAAUAGAGUACACAUUAAGAAUUAUACUCGGUUAUCAUAUGGGGGCAAUAUCGAUAGUCAUUUGGUUGUUCGUAGGGCAAUGGAUGACAAAGCAUACAUCAGAUGUGGUACCUCCGAAGGAUUUCCCCGGCCUCUUCAUUGUCCAGUACAUGUAACCGAUUCACAUUUUGAUAUGCCAGCCUCGGACUACCCAGAUACUGUUGGCUAUGUUAGCCCUGGCGUGAUAAUGGUUGUUAAAUCCAUGAAACAAGUGGCUGAUCAUAAAG